CCGGCUGGACACCGCCGCCGCCGCCGACAUGGGCUGCUUCUGCGCGGUGCCCGAGGAAUUUUACUGCGAAGUUUUGCUCCUGGAUGAGUCCAAGUUAACCCUCACCACCCAGCAGCAGGGCAUCAAGAAGUCAACGAGAGGUUCCGUUGUCCUUGACCAUGUAUUCCGUCACAUAAACCUCGUGGAGAUUGAUUAUUUUGGGCUGCGUUACUGUGACAGAAGCCACCAGACAGCAGCGAAGAAGCCUAUCUGUACUUUCUACUCUGCCUGCAAUCUUAUCUGGAUCAUCCACUUCAUUAGUAUUGGCUGGAUCCUGCAAAAACCCUUGCUGAACACAAAGAACUUAUCAACAGUAGCUGGACCUCCAUAUACUUUGUAUUUUGGUAUUAAAUUCUAUGCUGAAGAUCCAUGUAAGCUUAAAGAAGAAAUAACCAGAUACCAGUUUUUCCUGCAGGUGAAGCAAGAUGUCCUUCAGGGCCGGCUGCCCUGCCCGGCCAGCACUGCUGCUCAGCUGGGAGCAUAUGCCGUGCAGUCUGAACUUGGAGAUUAUGACCCAUAUAAGCAUACUGCAGGAUAUGUGUCAGAAUACCGGUUUGUUCCUGAUCAGAAGGAAGAACUUGAAGAAGCCAUAGAAAGAAUUCAUAAAACUCUAAUGGGUCAGGCUCCUUCUGAAGCAGAGCUGAAUUACUUGAGGACUGCAAAGUCCCUGGAGAUGUACGGCGUUGACCUCCAUCCCGUCUAUGGAGAAAACAAAUCUGAGUAUUUCUUAGGAUUAACUCCAGUUGGUGUUGUUGUUUACAAGAAUAAAAAGCAAGUGGGGAAGUAUUUCUGGCCUCGAAUUACAAAGGUUCACUUCAAGGAGACGCAAUUUGAACUCCGAGUACUGGGAAAAGAUUGCAAUGAAACUUCAUUCUUUUUUGAAGCUCGGAGUAAAACUGCUUGCAAGCAUCUUUGGAAGUGUAGUGUAGAACAUCAUACAUUUUUUAGAAUGCCGGAGAAUGAAUCAAAUUCAUUGUCAAGAAAACUCAGCAAGUUUGGAUCCAUGAGUUAUAAGCACCGGUAUAGUGGCAGGACAGCAUUGCAGAUGAGUCGAGAUCUUUCUAUUCAACUUCCCCGGCCAGACCAGAAUGUGGCAAGAAGCCGAAGCAAGACUUAUCCUAAGAGAAUAGCACAGACACAGCCAGCUGGAUCAAACAGCAUAAACCAGGUAACUGCAAACACGGAGAAUGGAGAAAAUGAAGGAACAACUAAAAUUAUUGCACCUUCACCAAUAAAAAGCUUUCAGAAAGCAAAGAAUGAAAAUAGUCCUGAUAUCCAAAGAAGCAAACCUCUUGCGCCGUGGGAAGAAAAUGGCCCCCAGAGCGGACUCUACAACUCUCCCCAUGACCGCACCAAGUCCCCCAAGUUUCCCUGUGCACGCCGCCGGAACCCCUCCUGUGGGAGCGACGAUUCUGUCCAGCCAACGAGGAGAAGGAAAGCCCAUAACAGUGGUGAAGACUCAGAUCUAAAGCAAAGGAGGAGGUCCCGCUCGCGCUGUAACACAAGCAGUGGUAGUGAAUCAGAGAAUUCUAACAGAGAACACCGGAAAAAGAGAAACAGAAUACGGCAGGAGAACGAUAUGGUUGACUCAGCGCCUCAGUGGGAAGCUGUAUUAAGGAGACAAAAGGAAAAAAACCAGGCGGACCCCAACAACAGGCGAUCCAGACACAGAUCUCGCUCGAGAAGCCCUGAUGUCCAAGCAAAAGAAGAGUUAUGGAAGCAUAUUCAGAAGGAACUUGUGGACCCGUCUGGAUUGUCAGAAGAACAAUUAAAAGAGAUCCCGUACACCAAAGUCGAGACUCAAGGUGACCCGAUCCGCAUCAGACAUUCUCAUUCGCCGCGAAGUUACCGCCAGUACCGCCGGUCUCAGUGUUCCGAUGGAGAGCGGUCCGUCCUGUCGGAAGUGAAUUCAAAAACGGAUCUUGUACCUCCACUUCCCGUGACCCGCUCUUCCGAUGCACAGGGCUCUGGUGGCUCCACAGUUCAUCAGAGGAGAAAUGGGUCUAAAGAUAGCCUGAUUGAAGAAAAAUCUCAGACAUCUACAAGCAACCUGGCUGGAAAACACAUAGCAAAAACAAUAAAAACGAUCCAAGCUUCACGCCUCAAGAUAGAGACUUGAUCCCAGUGAAAGGCUUGGGAUGGGAGAUUCAGAGGGGUGGGAAGGGUGUGUGUACUGCCUUUACUUUGAAACUGUGAAUUGUAAUUAUUCAAAUUAUCUUGGACCUCCACGUUUCUUCAGAAGAAAAUAAUUUGAGUCUGUUGCUCCUUUUAAAAGGCUUAACUACAGUGUAUUUGUGCUGAAGAGCCUUUUAUGUGUGUGUGUGGUAACUGGAAGGAUAGUCCUGUAAAAACUCAUGCCAUAUCAACCCAAACCAGAUGUUUCUGGACUCUGGACCGAAGCUGGCCAGCUGUGCAAUAGUAAGUGGGAUGAAGAGCUCUCCCCUCGAGGUGGACCUCCACCUGUGCAGAUACCUGAGGCCACAUCACUUUCCCUGUAGGUAUUUUUACUCAUAUAAAUGUUCUUUGUAAUGCUGUAUUUUGUGGCAUUAAGUUCCACUGGUUAUUUACAAAUACAAGGUUUUGUUUGAAAGCAUUGCUUUUAAUUUCUAAUGUCCUUGUCU